CUUGUCUUUCAUUUAUUUAUUCCCGUUAUAUUAAACAUAUGACAUGUUUUUGCUUGGGGAAUAGAAAAUUCCAAUGAAGUGAAAGUCUAAAGUUUAAAUGUUUGGCAACAGAUAAAGACUUUCUCAAAGGCAACGUGAAGCAAAGUGAAUGAUAGAAGUCUAAAAGGUACUACAUACGAUAUACGUCAACGUCAAGGAAAGUGAAUGAUAGAAGUCCGAAAGGUACUACAUACGAUACACGGCAACGUCAAGCAAAGUGAAUGAUAGAAGUCCAAAAGGUACUACAUACGAUAUACGUCAACGUCAAGCAAAGUGAAUGAUAGAAGUCCGAAAGGUACUACAUACGAUACACGGCAACGUCAAGCAAAGUGAAUGAUAGAAGUCCGAAAGGUACUACAUACGAUACACGGCAACGUCAAGCAAAGUGAAUGAUAGAAGUCUAAAGGUACUACAUACGAUAUACGUCAACGUCAAGCAAAGUGAAUGAUAGAAGUCCGAAAGGUACUACAUACGAUACACGGCAACGUCAAGCAAAGUGAAUGAUAGAAGUCCGAAAGGUACUACAUACGAUACACGGCAACGUCAAGCAAAGUGAAUGAUAGAAGUCCGAAAGGUACUACAUACGAUACACGGCAACGUCAAGCAAAGUGACUGAUAGAAGUCCGAAAGUGUAAGACGAUUUAACUUCAUCCAAGAUGCCUGGAAUCAAAAUACGUGAUGAAGAUCGAGAAAAAAUCAACGCGAAGUAUAUUUGUACUCGCUGUCAUCUCCUCCUUGUCAAUCCAAUGCAGACAAUCUGUGGACAUUUGUUUUGUCUAUCUUGUAUUAACAUUAUACUUGGAGAUCCUGAUCCAAAAUGUCCUGAAGAUCAAGAAAAAUUGAGCCGAAAUGAUGUUUUCCCUGAUGCUUUUACGAAACGUGAGUUGAAAAGUAUUCGUUUACAUUGUCCUUCUGAACAAUGCAAAUGGUUUGGCUCCUACGAAGAAUUGGAAGGUCAUUAUCAAGUUUGUGAGCAUGCGCUCAUCAGCUGCGUACAUAAGCAGUGUAACAUUCAGUUACCUCGCUCUCUCCUUGGCGAACAUUUGAAGAAUGAAUGUGAAUAUCGAAAUGUAAAAUGUGAAUAUUGUGGUAAAGAUGUCCCGUAUGCUUCACUUAAGGAUCACGAAGAAAAUGUGUGUGAAUAUUAUCCUGUGGUUUGUAAAUAUUGUAAGAAAAAGAUACCAAGGAAAGAUAUUGAACAACAUCAAAGUACAACCUGUGAUGAAGUGCCGACUAAAUGUGAAUUUCAAGCUAUUGGAUGUAACUAUGAUAAAACAUUGAAAAGACGUGAGAUUCAACAACAUAUGAUUGACAGUGUCAUUCAUCAUGUGAGCCUCUUGUUAAAAUAUGUUAUGGCAUUCAUUACACAGUUAAGUAACUAUGUACCACGUCCACAGUUUACCACUGCUGUUCAAAACAUGGCUGAUCAAGUUACUGCUGUUCGUGCUAAUCUCUCAGAAAAAUUUGUUAUGUUAGUGGGUAAACUUACAGGUCUUGAAAGAAGGAUUGAAAGUCUCGAGGCUCGUGGCGAUAACGAUAGUAAUAAUGCCAACUCGUCAUUAGAGGUUUCCUCGAUGCGUGAUAGGAUUGCGACUCUCGAGCGACAAGUGAGAGAUAAUUCUUCAACUAUUCUACGAUUUCGUGAACGUUUAGAUCAAAAUGAAGAAUCACUUGCUCUAAACACAGUGAAGAUUACGGACCUUAAGGCACAACGUGGCGCUCAUGCACUGGGAUCAAAUCAGGCCAUACACAGCUAUAAUGGUACUUUACUUUGGAAAAUAGAUAACUUCAAUAGAAAAAGACAGGACGCCAUUAAUGGUAUAAAAACAGCCUUGUACAGUCCACCAUUCUACAGUUCUCAAUAUGGUUACAAGAUGUGUGCUAAAAUCUAUAUGAAUGGCGAUGGUUUUGGAAAGGGAACUCAUUUAUCCUUGUUCUUUGUUGUCAUGAAAGGUGACUACGAUGCACUUCAAACAUGGCCAUUUCAAAAAAAGAUCACAAUGAUGUUAAUGGAUCAAGGAAAUGGUGAUCACAUGAUUGAUGCUUUUCAUUCAGAUCCUCAAAGUUCCUCAUUUCAGCGACCAAAGUCAGAUAUGAAUAUCGCUUCAGGAUCACCUCUCUUCAUGCCAUUGGAAAGUUUAAAAAAUCGUCAGUAUAUUAAAGAUGAUACAUUGUUUAUUAAAAUGAUCGUGGACUGACACAGAAUCGAUAAUUGGGGGGCAGGCUCGUAUUUAUAUAUGCAUGUCACAAUCCGUAUAGAAAACGAUUGAUUUCAAAACAACUUAAUAUGGCAUAUCAUGCACGUAUGAAUAUUUGACCCCCCAAUUAUCGAUCUUUAGACAGUCUUCUGAGAAGAGUAAAUUUUUCCCUAAGAAAACAAAAAGAAAACUAAAAGAGUAGUAUUUAUUUGUUUGUUGAAGAUUUUGUUUUGAUUCAUUUCAUUUUGAACGCAAAAACAUCUCGAGAAGAAUGAAAACAAGUUGAAGGCAAUGAAAUUAAUGAAAUUGAUUCUUCCUCACAUUGUAACGUUGCCAUUUUUUCCCUUAAAUCUUGUUAUUUCAAUUUUGAGAUUUUUGUUGACCAAUCAAAAAACAACUCUAUAAACGUUCAAUAUAUGAUUUUCGAUAAAAUGUUUAACAGUUUUUUUGAAAUUUGUGUUUGACAGUUUGAAAAUGUUUGACAAAUUUUAUUUAGAUUUUUGAAAUUUUUUCGCCUUUUCUUAAAACUCAAGAAAAUGAAGAUUAGGUCUAAAGGUUCAUUUUUUGAAUGAGAUAUCUACAGAAUAAUUUAAAAUGAGGUUGGGAAAAGACUUUAGAGAAUGAAGUCAAAUAUCGCAUGUAGUCAUUCAAUUUAUUUACAUAUUUAUUGCAAAUGUAUCUUUUAUUAAAGCAAUAGGAAUUUAUUCCUAACGGGAUUUGCUAGAGUUUACAAAAAGGAUAUUUCUAAUAAUUAAAGUAAACAUUCGUAUAGAAAGUAAACACACGUAUUGUAAUAUUUUCAAUGCGCAUAUUGAAAAUAUACGUAAUAUAUGUAAUAUGUAACAUGUAACAUACAUGUAAUAUAUGUUAAUAUAUGUAAAAAUAUAUUCUUAAUGUAUUAAUACUCUUAUAAAAACAUAAAAUAUGCUGUAAAAAUUAUUUCUGUGUUAUUUUAAAAUAACCAGAAGAUUUCCUUUAAAUUCAUUUUUCGCAGCUUUUCAUUGAUCAAUGACUUAUCUUCAUUUCAGUUCAUUAUCAAUGAGUACUGCAUGUGGUGCAUGAACGGUGACGUAGCCAGUCUUUUCCUACCAUUCAAAUAGUUCUCGGUUCACUGAAUGCGAAUUUGACUGGAGAAAUGACAUAAGUUAUGAUGCAUGAACGGUGACGUAUCCAGUCUUUUCCUAUUAAGCAAACAUUUCUCCGUUCACUGAAUGUGAAUUUGAUGAGACAAAUGACACAAUUCAUGGUGUCGUAAAAGGUUAACUUAAAGGGCUCAAAAGCAUGAUUAAGAUUGUCUUACAAAGCACUUUAAUGACGAGCUUUUCAUGCUCAUUCUACAAGGAACCAAGCAUGGAUGUAUUGGAGGAGGGGAGGUGUGAACGGGGGCCUGGUUAAAAAUUAAAAAUUCAAGUUUGGUGGUGGUAUUAUUUGUUAGAGAGUCCUAAGUAUAGUGGUCAUUUAUAUUAGAGAGUCUUGACAAAAUUUUGGUUAUUCAACUGUGGAAUCAAGAAUAAAAGUAUGCUUGAUAAAA